GACCCCUCUCCGUUUGCCUCCGGUUCCGUCAUCUCGCCUUCGCGGAGCGGAGCUCGCGGAAGUGGCACGUGCGCUUUGAAUGGAGCUGGUCGCUGGCUGUUACGAGCAGGUGCUGUUUGGGUUCACUGUACAGCCGGAGCGCAAGGCGAGCGACGACCACGAGCAGAAAUGGACUGCGGUCGCUCACUUCACUCACCACGCCCACACCGCCUCCUUGUCGGCAGUGGCUGUGAACAGUCGUUUCGUAGUCACUGGGAGCAAAGAUGAAACGAUUCACAUUUACGACAUGAGAAAGAAGAUAGAGCACGGGGCUCUGGUGCAUCACAAUGGAACAAUUACUUGCCUGAAAUUCCAUGGCAGCAGGCACUUAAUCAGUGGGGCGGAGGAUGGACUCAUCUGUGUCUGGGAUGCGAAGAAGUGGGAGUGUCUGAAGUCGAUUAAAGCUCACAAGGGACAUGUGACCUUCCUCUCCAUUCACCCCUCUGGCAAGUUGGCCCUAUCUGUAGGAACAGAUAAGACAUUAAGAACAUGGAAUCUUGUGGAGGGAAGAUCAGCAUUCAUAAAAAAUAUAAAACAAAAUGCUCAUAUAGUGGAAUGGUCCCCUAAGGGAGAGAAGUACAUAGUUGUCAUACUGAAUAAAAUAGACGUCUACCAGCUCAGCACCGCGUCUGUUAGUGGCACCAUCACAAAUGAAAAGAGAAUUUCUUCUGUUACAUUUCUUUCAGACUCCGUCCUGGCAGUGGCUGGAGAUGAAGAAAUUAUCAGGUUUUUUGACUGUGAUUCGUUAACAUGCCUCUGUGAAUUUAAAGCUCAUGAAAACAGGGUCAAAGACAUGUUCAGUUUUGAAACUCCAGAGCAUCAUGUAGUUGUUACAGCAUCGAGUGAUGGCUUCAUCAAGAUGUGGAAGCUAAAGCAGGAUAAGAAAGCACCCCCGUCUUUACUCUGUGAAGUGAACACUAGUGCCAGGCUGACCUGUCUUGGAGUGUGGCUGGACACUGUGAUGGAGGCUAAAGAAAGCCUGCCUCCAGCAACAGAGCCGUCUCCUGUAGGUAAAGAAGAACAGUCCAAAAUCAACAAAAAGGAACCUGGUGAUGUAGUGCAGGAAGGAGCAGCACAAGCCAAACCUCUCGUAAAGAAACGUGGUUUAACUGCUAACCGUAAUAAGGCAGCAAAAGGAAAUAGCCUGGUGUUGACCAAGAAGAGGAAAAUGAUAGAAAUGUUGGAAAAGAAGAAGAGGAAAAAAAAGAAAACAGAACUGAUGCAGUGAAACCCAGGUCUCUCCUUCUUAAGAGAACUUUUUUUAGGUGGAAUCCUACUUUUCAGAUAUUAUAUCCAAGUAUUUUUUUUUUUCUGAUUAAAAGCAAGGAAUUUUUAAUGGAGAAAAUGUACAGCUUUAAAAACCACUUUUAGGUAUUUUUUAACAAUGGUAAAAUUAUUUUGGGCAGACAGCAUUUUAUUAUAUAUCAUGGUUGUAUGUGUUAAUAUGUAAUAUAUAAUUUUUACUGUUGUGUGAAAGCAAAGACUUUUCUCGAAAUAUUGUCAUCUAAAAUAAUAAAAAAAACUUUAAUAUUCUUUACCAGUGGUGGAUAAGGUGCUGUUUUCCUCCUGAAUGGGAAAAGAAUGAAGAAAUUGCCCUACUUUGGCUUAUUCAGAUGGUUCUAAUAAUUUCAGUGCAAUUUUUUUUUAUUCUGAUAGCAAAAGGAAUAAGAUCUUCAUUCUAGCAAGUACAUGAAGACAAACUCAAAAAGUAUAAAUGUUGUGGUGUUGUGGUCCAGCAGGUUAAGCCGCAUUUGCAAUGCCAGAAUCCCAUUAGAGUACCCAUUCAGGUCCUGGCUACUGCACGUUCAAUCCAGUUUCCUGCAUCUGAGAAAGCAGCAGCAGAUGUCCCAGGUACUUGGGCCCCUGCCAUUCAUAUGGGAGACCAGGAUGGAGUUACAGGCUCCUGGCCCAGAGUUAGUUGUUAUGACCAUUUGGGGAGUGAACCAGCAGGUGGAAGAUCCCUUUCUCUGCCUUUCGAAUAAAUAAAUAAAUCUAAAAAUGUAGAUAUUUUAAAUAAGUUAAGUGUGUGUGAAACAGAGAUGCAGUUGAGUUUAGGACUAAGGAUGUUAUAGACAGAUUGCCAGACUUCUUUAAACUCUUCUGUUUUGAAGCAGUGAAAGAAGAGAGAAUUUAGACAGAAAUGACAGCCCCCCUCCCCUUUUUUAAAGUUUAUUUAUUUAGUUGAAAGGCAAGGUGACAGAAUGAGAAAUAGAUCUUCCAUCUCCUUUUACUCCACAAAUACCUGCAACAGCCAGGGCCAGGCCAGGCCAAAGCCAGAAGCCAAGAAUUCCCAUCUGUGUCUUCCUUGUGGGUGGCUGCCUCCCAGGCACAUCAGCAGGAAGCUGGAUUGUAGGUAGAAUAGGAAUUCCAUGUUAGGCUUAACCUGAUGUGCCACAACAGCCUUCCAUCCUCUUAUUUCUUUCAUCCCUUUUAGGGCAUAAAAAGAUUUCACCGGGCCAACAAAGAUAGUCUUAAAUAUAACCUGUUGGUUUAUCUUGUCUCUUAACUGGAAAACUAAAGCACUUUUUUCAAUAGGUUACUAGAUGUUUUGAGAAGACGUUAAUGGGGGAUCCAUAUAUGUUACUAGCUGGGAAGGUGUCUGAUACCUGAGGCCAUAGAAUGACUUGAUUAGGCAAAAUAAGAUUAACACGUGAGGGGCCAGCAUCGUGGUUUAGCAGGUAAAGCCACCACCUGCAAUGCUGCAUCUCCUAUGGGAGCCAGUUCCUGUCCUGGCUGCUUCAUUUUGCUCUUUUUUUUUUUUUUGACAGGUAGAGUGGACAGUGAGAGACAGAGAGAAAGGUCUUCCUUUGCCGUUGGUUCACCCUCCAAUGGCCGCUGUGGCCGGUGCGCUGCAGCCGGCGCACCGCGCUGAUCAGAAGCCAGGAGCCAGGUGCUUCUCCUGGUCUCCCAUGGGGUGCAGGGCCCCAGCACUUGGGUCAUCCUCCACUGCACUCCCGGGCCAUAGCAGAGGGCUGGCCUGGAAGAGGGGCAACCGGGACAGAAUCCAGUGCCCCGACUGGGACUAGAACCCGGUGUGCCAGCGCCGUAAGGCGGAGGAUUAGCCUAUUGAGCCGUGGCGCAGGCCCCAUUUUGCUCCAUUUUGAACUCCCUGCUGAUGGCCUGGGAAAAGCAAUGAAUGGCUUCCAUUCAAUGAAAAGCAAUGAAGGAUGACCCAAGUACUUGGGUCCCUUCUACCCACAUGGGAGACCUGGAUGAAGCUCUUGGCUCCUGGCUUCUGCUUGGCCUGUGCCUGACCCAUCUCUGGCUGUGGUGGCCAUCUAGGGGAGUGAACCAGCAAAUGGAAACUCUCUUUCAAGUAACCAAAUAAAUAUUAUUAUUUGCUUUAAACACUUGGGCACUAGAAUUGCCUCUCACGUCAGAAGAAAGUUGUCUUAUGCAUGCCUAACAUUUUAGUCUGCCUCUUUGUUAUUUCACUUAAGCUUUCUACAUUCCUUUCCAGUAUACAGUAAUACAGAUAACUUGUUUUUUCUUAAUUCAGCUUUUUAUUCUGAGACAAUAUAUGGAGAUCUGUUGUCCUUACCCAAUUUCCCCCAGUAGUAACAUCUUGAAAAUACAGUAUCAGAGCCUGAAUGUAGAAAAUGAAGCAGUCAAGACAGAACAUUUCUGUCACCAGCCUCAGGGAUCCCCCCUGCUGCCCUUACAAGCUAUACUCCUCCUGUACUUUUUAAAAAUAUUUAUUUCUUGACUGAUGGGUCUAAGAGUCAAAGGGAUCACACAAACAAGUCUAGUGUCUGCUAAUACUAACUGAUAGAAUCAAAAAGGGAGAGAACGAUCCAUCAUGGGAAGCGGGAUACACAGUAGACUCAUAGAAUGACAGAUGUCCUAAACAGCACUCUGGCCUCAGAAUCAGCCCUUAGGGCAUUUGGAUCUGGCUGAAGAGCCCAUGAGAGUAUUUUAGGCAUGGAAAGCCAAGACACCCUGGGGGGG